AACGCGCGGGGCUGGUCCAGGGUUCACGGGAACUCGGCCUCGGGCAAAGCUUCACCACAACAACUACCCCGGCCGUUGUGGUCAUACCGGUAGUCAAUUGUCGCGGUUACAUACAGUUGGUGUACCGCUGCACGAUAAUUUUGAUCAUUGCAGAUUUAUCACUCACGAAGGCCAAUAUCAUCCAGAAAUUUGAGAAUCGUUCAUCGACACCUUUCACGAUGGCGCUCGGAACCUACAAGGACCUCAGCGUGGAGCGACGCGGGCAGGUCUUCAUCGUCACCAUGCAGAAGAAGCCAGAAAACCGAAUCAACGUGGAAUUCGCCCAAGAGAUUAUUCGUGCAUUCCGUGAUAUCGAAAAAGAACUGGGACCCGACAGCGAAGGCGCCGUGAUCACGCGAGGAAGCGAUGCCAAAUUCUGGUGCACGGGGCUCGACUUGGACGAAGCCGAAACCAACCCGUUCGCAAACAGCGAUGGGUUCUUCCCGCUUCUCGCCACGAUCCUCGACUUUCCAUUUCCCACCAUCGCCCUCAUCACCGGCCACACGUUCGGCGGCGCCGUCCCCUUCUCCCUGUCCCACGACUACCGCAUCAUGAACUCCAAGCGCGGCUUCAUCUCGAUGCCCCCGGUCAACCUCGGGCUUCACUUCCCGGGCAUCGGGGCGCUUCCCCGCCUGAAGCUGCGACCGCAGAUCGCCCGACAGAUGCUCCUGGAAGCGCACAAGUGGACCGGAAAGGAGGCAUACGCCGACGGGAUCGUCGACGCGGUGGCGGAGCCGGAGGAGAUGCUGGAGGCGGCGGUGAAGCUUGCGGAGAAAUGGCAGAGUAAGUCGAAGAUGGGGGUCUAUAGUGUGUUGCGAAGCGAGCUCUAUGGCGAGGCGCUGGACAAGCUCCGGUCCAUUAGCUAUGUGCACGGGAAGAGGGUGACAGCUCCGGCCAAAGCGAAGAUCUAAUUACUAUCAAUCGAAGUCUGUUCACUGCGUGCAGAAGCAAUAUGUACCGAUCUAUCUCGUUUCAUUAAUAAGUGAAAAAAAGUAUGGUCGAAUAUUCUCGCACUUGGAAGUCUUAGUCACGCGAUUUAUGACUUCUCACUAAUUCCUAUCCACGCUGUUACAAUCCCCAUCUUUUCCACUACCAUUUCUGUCCUGAUAAUGGUCUGCACGGCCAUGGUCUUUGUAACUUAGUCGUGUCGAUCUUAUUGGGAUCCAUCCGCGCGACCGUCAUCCGGUCCUAGGUAGCUAGACAUCGCAUACCAGCACUGAAAUCCCAGUAGACUCGGGAGGUUCGGCUCCCUUGUCUUCAUCGUG